UGGGCCACGCUCAUUUUAGCCAGUGCCCAAGCUAUCAGCAGAGAAGAAAGGGAAAGCAUGGCUCCGGGAGAGAAGGAAAGGGAGGAGGGGCCAGCCAAAAGCGCCCUCCGGAAGGUGCGCAUUGCCACUCUGGUUAUCAACCUGGCCCGAGGCUGGCAGCAGUGGGCAAACGAGAACAGCACAAGGCAAGCCCAGGAACCGGCAGGCUGGCUUCCUGGAGGGACCCAGGACCAAUCCCAAGCUCCUAAACCAGUGACUUGUCCCACUUUCCCUAAGUUUCCUUCCCUAAAGCCAGAGGGACAUGGAGAUGAACAAAGCCCCGAGGAAGCCACCGAGAUCUCCCACAUCAAAAGGAAAGAGGUGACCAAGACAAUUGUGAGCAAGGCGUAUGAGAGAGGAGGGGACAUGAGCGACCUCAGCCACAGGUAUGAGAAAGACAGCAGCACGCCUGAGCCCGACCAUCCAGAGAACGACAUUGACAGAAUCCUCCACAGCCAUGACUCCCCGACUCGGAGGAGAAAAUGUGCCAACCUGGUGUCUGAGCUGACCAAAGGCUGGAAAGAGAUGGAAAAGGAGGUGCCCAUGUGGAAGAGCGACAGUGUAGACACGGAGGACAGUGGCUAUGGAGGGGAGACCGAGGAGAGGCCCGAGGAUGGAGCACAGGUGGCUGCUGCCAGGAUCAAACGUCCCUUGCCCUCUCAAGCUAACAGAUUUACAGAGAAUCUCAACUGCAAAGCCCAACGGAAAUAUAGCCAAGUGGGUGACUUGAAGGGGAGAUGGCAACAGUGGGCUGAUGAACACAUCCAGUCCCAGAAACUCAAUCCUUUCAGUGAGGAAUUUGAUUAUCAGCUGGCCAUGUCCACCCGCCUGCACAAAGGAGAUGAGGGCUAUGGCCGUCCGAAGGAGGGAAGCAAAACUGCUGAGAGGGCCAAGCGAGCUGAAGAGCACAUCUACAGGGAAAUUAUGGACAUGUGCUUCAUCAUCCGCACAAUGGCUCGCCACAGACGAGACGGCAAGAUCCAGGUGACUUUUGGAGAACUCUUUGACAGAUACGUUCGUAUUUCAGAUAAAGUGGUGGGCAUUCUCAUGCGUGCCAGGAAACAUGGACUGGUAGACUUCGAGGGAGAGAUGCUGUGGCAAGGCCGAGACGACCAUGUUGUGAUUACUCUACUUGAGUAGACCUUCAACAAUAAAAGCCAAACAUGACCCACUAGUGUCUUCAUGUUCAAUGCUAAUGUAUUAAAAAUUAAAAUGCAAACUGCUCUGUAUAUGUUAGAAGAUAUUAAACAAUUUUUAUACAAAUGAAUUUUUGGCAAUCUAUUUCUAUGAGGAAGUUUGAAGGUUGUGAUAAAGCAAACUAAAAGCAUUCAGAAAGCACAUGAAAUGUUAGUAUAUAAUAGUAGUACUAAUAUUUGAAUUCCCACUUACAUUCCUAUGCAAAAAUAUUUUAAUAUCCAUUGCAGAAAUUAUAACAAGAAUUUUAAGUUAAACAUUAUAUUCAAGAAAAAUGCUGACUACAGAUGCAAGUUUAGCAGAAUAUAUUAUAAUGUUAGUGCCAUUUUCUAUAAAAAAUUCUUAUAUCUGUAAAGGUAAACUUAACAUUUUUUAAGAAGCUUGACUUUGUACUAUUGCUUUUAGUCACAGCAUCGAUUACAAAACUUAACAUCACCUACAUAUAUAUAGAAGAUUCAAUAAAAUGUUGAAAUUCCUCUGUGGA